GCUAGCACGGUCAUUUGAUUCCUUACAGUAUAGAUCUACAUGCAUGGUCGGAAGGUUCAUCAUUCACUAACAGCUACGACUACGACAGUGCUUUAUUUGCAUCGCGCGUGAACGUAGAAAUGGCAUACAGGUGGGAUUCCACCUGAUCAGCUCAGCUGCACACUCGCCACGCACAAACUCUAGUAUUUCCCAGCAGAUGCUGAUCCAAAAGGUUUGUGCGGCAUGCAGUACGGAGGAAUGCCGACCAGCAGUUGGAUUAUUUUGAAUUUCUUGGACAUUUGGACUGGCCGGCCUGCCCUGGCCUGGCCUGAAUAAGAGGAGCACCGGCAGCGAUUGUUCCUUGUCCAUCUCCAUCUCCAUCCAUCCACCUGUAGGCUUCAGCAACGUAACCCAACCAAAAGCUAGCAGACGACGAUGCACCCGGUGCCUCCGCGGUCGAGCCCCGGCAACAUCGCCGCCGCCACGCGGGUGCACCCUUCCGACGCCGACGCCCUUCACCACAGCUGCCCCGCCGCCGCGGAUCACCAGCCGGCGCUGUACACGGUGUGGAAGAGGUCCAGCAUGGGCUUCCAGGGCACCGACGGCUUCUGCGUCUACGACGACGCCGGCGCCCUCGCCUUCCGCGUCGACAACUACUCAAGGCGCCGCAAGCUCUUCGCCGGCGAGCUCCUGCUCAUGGACGGCCAUGGCGCGCCCCUUCUCGCACUCCGCCCACAGUCUGCAGUCUGUCAGAACCUUGUGAUUGGCUUUCUAUAA